AUGUUGAGGCUUUUGUCACGUUCGACCAAUAUCAGAUCGCAACAACUACUAAAUCAAUUCAAUAACAUCGUACGUGGGAUUCAUCAUACUGCAAGAAUAAGGCAUGCCACGGCAUCUCCAUCAUCAUCGACUGCCUCCAUAGAUCCAAGUUCCAGAAAUGAUUUCCCCAGAUCCAACAUUUUUGUUCAUAGGUUACCCGAAUCCACAGCUGAACAAUCACCAUUAUUGGUUUCUUUACAUAGCAGACUCAAUUUAAGUCCCCAAUUCAAGUUAAGUACUCUUUCACAGUGUCUCAAUAUGGUUAAAACUUCAAGUCAGCAAGGUGAGGGAUUAGCCAACAACUUUGGGCUUAACACCAUGGGAAAGACCUUGUUGAGUUAUUAUGUUACUGAAUAUCUUUUGUUACAUUAUCCAAGAUUACCCAUGAGCAUACACAAUGCAGCCGUUGACUCUUUGAUGGGAGUAGAAACAUUGUCUGAAAUAGGGAGAUCUACAUUUGGUAUUGAAGUUGAUUCGGUGUCGAAGUUGGAUCGAUUCUUGGGUCAAGAAUCUGAAUUUAUCAAGUAUGGAAGAUUGAGGUUUUUGACUAAUGAUGAAAUUGAAAACAAAGUGCAAGUUGAUGGAAUUGAACAAGUGUUGGGAGAUUCAGGUAGAAACAGCUUAUUAAAACAAGAAGAUGUUGCGUAUGCAUCAGCGGUAAGGUCCAUAAUUGGUGGAAUAUAUACUCAUUGUGGUGAAGAAGCUGCCAAGCAAUUUAUUUCUGACCACAUAUUGUCGAGAAAGUUGCCAGUGGAGCAAAUGUUUCAAUUUGACAAACCUAUUGCUGAAUUGAUUAGGUUGUGUGAUAAAUUGGAGUUUAAAGAACCUGUCAAGAUCAGACUCAUUGCUGAAACUGGUAGGAGAUCAGCUCAUCCACAAUUUCUUGCUGGUGUUUUCGUAGGUAAUGAAAAGUUAGGGGAAGGUGUUGGAUCUAGUUUGAAAGAAGCACAGAUCAGAGCUAGCAUUAAUAGUUUAUUGGCAUAUUAUUUGUAUUCACCAAUUAGUGCUGACGGAAACCAAGUGAAAGUCCCUAGCGAUCAAGAGUACAAGUUUGAAGGAGUUGUUGAUGGAGGAGACGUUGCUAUAUAG